AAAAAUAAUAAUAACAGUGUAACUUAGUGAAAACUAAAUAAACUUAAUUACAACUAAGUGAACCAUAAUAAUAACAGAUAAAUUAAAUGAAGACUAAAUAAACUCAAUUACAACUAAAACGAAUUAUAACGAUAACAGUGCAACUAAGUGAAAUAUUAUAAUAAUAAGUGAGCGAACUACAAGAAACCCUACCCAAGUUACGAACCGACAAAUAAACCAACAGCAAAUACACAAACAUUAAUCAAAAUUCAAAGCCAACAAACCACAAUGGCAGUAGCAGCGCCAACACAAAUAGAACUGUCUGACUCGAAUAUGAUUCAAGUCGAAAGACAAAUACACGCAAUCGAGGUUUUCAACGGAGAUCCUAACACCUUGUACACUUUCAUCAGUCGCAUCGACUUCAUCUUGGCUCUUUAUCAGACUACAGAUGAAAGGCAGAAGUUAAUAAUCUUUGGACACAUCGAACGGAACAUCAGUGGCGAUGUUAUCCGCGCCCUCGGAGUGACCAACCUCAGCAACUGGAGUGAACUCAGGACUCAACUUAUACUUAACUUCAAGCCCCAAGCACCGAACCACCAACUUCUAGAGGAAUUCAGGAACACACAAUAUCGAGAUCUUGCCAGAGGCAGUCAAGCAGCCUUAAUAUUACACCUUUCUCCGUUAGGUCCAUUACCUAUAAUCCGAGUGCACUCUUAACAUUUGCGUCAAAAAACAUUUGUAAAAGCUCCCUUAAAGUCUCUGACCUUUGUUUAAUUAACGAAACAAAGAUGACCUCUAGCAUGCCAUCUGAAUUCACGGAAGAUACGAUUCAACAUACAUCUUCAACUUGCGAAACACGUGUGCUGUUGUCUUGCCGAAAAUUCUUUAUAAUUUCAUUAAUCCCUGGGAAAUGUUGCUGUUUGAAUAGCCAGAAAUAUAAAGUUAAAGAAAAAGAUAGAGCUUCUUUUUCGUUAAAAUUUUAAUAGACGAAUUUGUGUAAAGAUUUUAUGUUUUAUAUAUAUGUUUUAUAUAUAUAAUAUAUAUGUAAGUGGAGAUCUAAGAAGGCUUAUGAAAAGCUAAAAAGUUGUCAUGCUUCUAACUGACCACUUAAAGUUUAAAUUUUUUAUAAAUAGUCAGUAAGCCAAUAUAUAUUCAAUUGUGUGUAUGUAUAUAUAUGUAUGUAUAUGAUUAUAAUAAUAUACUGCGUAAUCGGCUGAGCAUGCGCAGUAAAUGUAUGGAUGGCACAAAAUGUCUUAGGCGCAAUACGUUGGCACACAUUUCCAAGAAUUGUAUCGCUAGAAUA